GGGAGAAGAAGGAAGGGAAGCAGCUGCCGCGAGGGGGAGCCGAGAAGGAGGAGGAGGAGGAGGCGGCGGGGGGAAAGACCCGACCGGGGGUUCGGCGACCAGGGGGCGGCCCGGAUGGUGAAAUCCUCCCUGCAGCGGAUCCUCAACAGUCACUGCUUCGCCCGCGAGAAGGAAGGAAAUAAAAAGACCCACGUCCCCGCCGACAUGCCCGCCCUGCCCGCCAGCGCCGCUUUGAGGAGUUCCAGAGUGUCCUUCAGUUGCUGUAGUAACCUGGGUCCGGGGCCUCGGUGGUGCUCCGAUGCCCCUCACCCACCCCUGAAGAUCCCAGGUGGGCGAGGGAAUUGUCAGAGGGAUCACAAUCUUUCAGCUAACUUAUUUUAUUCCGAUAAUCGGCUGAAUGUAACAGAAGAGAUAACAUCCAAUAACAGGACAAGAAUCCUGAAUGUCCAGUCCAGGCUUACGGAUGCCAAACACAUCAGCUGGAAAGCUGUGUUGAACAAUAACAACUUGUACAUCGAAAUUCCCAAUGGCGCUCUGCCUGAAGGGAGCAAGGACAGUUUUGCAGUUCUUCUUGAGUUUGCUGAAGAACAACUUCAAGUGGACCAUGUCUUCAUUUGCUUCCACAAGAAUAGAGACGACAGAGCCUCGCUGCUCCGUACUUUCAGCUUCUUGGGCUUUGAGAUUGUGAGACCCGGGCAUGCCCUUGUCCCCAAGAGACCCGAUGCUUGCUUCAUGGCGUACACCUUCGAACGAGACUCUUCCGAAGAAGACUAGAUUGCAGUGUUUGCCUUGUUAGAGCUUUUCUCUCUUGUUUUCUCUUUGUCAAAGAUGAAUCUGUAGAAAUUUUGUCAACAUCUUUAAAUGACGCGUAGCGCACAAGCGCCAGAAAGAAAGAAAGAUGACUUGUUCCUUUGUACGAAUUAUUUGUGACAGGCUGCUCUGGUGGUGGUGGUGUGGGGGGAAAGAUGUUGAAAAUUUCCACCUGUUUGUCAUCUUGUUUUUUUUUCUCUCUCCUGGAUUUGUCCGCAUGUUGUGAUUGUGCAAAGAAAAAAAAAAUAAAUGCUCACUCCAAAUUAGCAGUAUAUUUCUUGGAAGUUUAAUAUUGUGUGUUUGUGAUACUGAAGUAUUUGCUUUUAAUUCUAAAUAAAAGUUUAUAUUUUACUUUA